CGAUUAUCUUGUGUCUCGUCGAAUCGUAAUGGCGACUGCCGACAACCCCAGAAGGAGCAUUUUGCUUAGCGGUGUUGACAUUCGAACGCUCGAGGGAAACACUUGUCAGCAUAUUGUUUCGUGUGAAAGAAAAACACAAAUAUAUUUAUAUUAGAUUUUUAGAAAAAAAAAAAAUAUUCGGCGCGCUGCUUUGGUUUGAAGAAAAAAAGAAGAAAAUAAAAAAAAAAAAAAUGAGUACUAUGGUAACGGCGGAGGAGGAGACCAAGGAAACACACGGAAGUGAAGAUGAUGAUUUGAAGAUCUUCGAAACCCUUUGCAUCUCGUCGCAAAAGAUUGACUCUGAGGAGGCAAUGACACAUGAGGUGACAACGGCCUUAAGAAGCGAAUUGGCAGCAUUGGAAUACAAACGUGAUAGAUUAAUGUCCGAACUUCAAGAAAUGAAGAACGCUGUAAGAUCACGAGACCAAAGGGUCGUGGAACUUCAAGUAGAAGCUGAUCAGCUACGAGAACAAGCAGCACGACAAAAUUCUGUUAUUUUGAGUCUUAAAAAACGAAUACAGGAACUAGAGGAUAGAGAGAGAAAUUUAUAUGCAUGUCAAGGUAGAAAUGAAAUCACAAUUCAAGGUUUGCAACGUGAUGUAAAAUAUCACGAGGAAAAGGUACGAGAAUAUGAAAAGAAAAUUCGUCAACUAGAACACAAUAUCACAGAAGAAAUUCAGUUAAAAGAACGAGCGCGCUUAAAUUUACAGGAUUUUGUUAGAAGGCUGGCACACGCUUUAAAUACCGAAUUUUGCGACAGUACACAUCACAGUCCAGAAAUGGUGAUUCAUAAAGCUGAAGAACUUGUUCAGGAAGUUAAUCGUCUUCGUACUAAAAGCACAACUGUCGAGACUCAUUUGGGUAGUGUUGAAAUUGAUUUUAGAACUUGUAAGGAUUCUCUUGAUCGAAUUACAUCCGAGAAAGAUCAACUACAACGACAAGUUGCCACACAAUUAAUUGACUUGGAUCGUUUCCGUCAGGAAAAAGAAUGUCUUGAGAUGCAAUACAGAGUUGCUGAACGAGAGUUGAAUGAUCUCAGAGACAAGCUGGUUAAUGCGAAUCGAAGCAUAACAAGCGCGAGCGGAAAUAUAUCCAGUCAGGAAGCUUUAAUUUGCCAAUUACGAGAGGAUCUGAAAAUUAAGGAAGAAAAAAUACAGAGGGUACAUAAUGAAUUGCGUCAUCUGUUGGAGUCAAUGGCUAUACUUUUAAGCACGCCAAAUCGUUUUGUUGAAUCACAUGAAAAUGCAAUUAAAGAUCGAAUAAGAGAAAUUCUCGCCGAUAAUAAGGAUCAAGCUGUGAAAAUACAAAAUCUUAAGGAGAAAGUUAAUGUAACCACAGAGUCAGUGAAUCGUCAAUCUGAAUUGGUGGAGACAACAAUGAUGAAGAUUCGAAAUUUAGAAGAGGAACGAGCUGCCUUAGAGGCAAAGUAUCAUAAAGUUGAAUCGGAAUUAUCGGCCUGUGAAAUUUCGCGCGAAUCAUUACGUAGAGACAAACAACACUUUUUGGCAUUUUUGGAUAGACUAGGAAAAUCUAUGCAAAUGGAAGAAAUUUCACAAGAAAUUGGCAUGGACCUUCAAACAGAAUCGUUGUUGGUACGCGCUGAACAAUUGUCAAGAUUGGAAACAGAUAAAUUGGUCGAUAAGCUAUUGUGUUGCAGUUACACAACAUUUCCCAGGAUUCGACGUGAACGAAUAUACCAUGAACUGCCUUGCUUAAAAGAAACAUCUGUUGUUUAUCAACUUCAACGAAGAGUUCGAACACUUCGGGAACAAUUGCAACGUCGUGAUCUUCAUUUGGAUCUUCUUCGCAGAAAACUUAGUCUUCAGGAAGACAGUGUUCGAGUAAAAUCAAUGUUGCAAAGUGAACGAGAUGAAGCAAAUCUUAGAGCAAAAAAAUUAUCGAAGCAAAUUGAUCGUUUACAAAUGCAAUUGAAUGAUGAAAAAGCAAGAAAUAGGGAACUUAGUGCACAAUUAACAGAGGCUGCGGAUUAUAAAAUAGCUGCAUUGGAACGUAGUAGAAAAAUAGAAGAACUUCAAAAGAGACUUGUUGAAAGUGAAAUGCUAAGAACACGAUAUAAUAGAAAAGUGACAAUGAUGAAGGAUCAGUUGAGAACAACGAGUGAAACAACAGAACAAGAGAGAUCAAUCAACGAUCAUUCGAUGCAACUUGUCAGAGAUGAAUUAACUCAAGUAAAACAAACAUUGCUCGAAGUUAGACAACAACUUGCUGAAACAACCCGUAGAGAAUCACAGUUGCAGAGUUUCCGAGCAUCCGUGGCAAAAUUAUUAACCGAACCAAUAUGUUCACCAGAUUAUGAAAUAAUUUCACGUCUACAGAAAAUAAUCUCAGCACACAGAGACUUUACAAUGUUAUCGCGAAGAUAUGACGAGCCAUUGGAAACCAGUCCUUCUAGAUGUACCAGUAUUCAUCCUGUUCAUCCGCCAAGAUCGCCAGGAUCACGAUGCACACGGUAUGAAGACAGUGGUUAUGCUGAUCCUCCUGAUUUACACGAUAUUGAUGAUGAUUUUAAUAAAAGACCUAUAAGAAGUAGUCUCCUUCCGUGACAUCGGCCAAAAUUUAAAUUCUAAAUUAAUAAUUAACAUCUAAGACACGAAUAAUAUUAUAAAUCCUCACAGAUUUCAAAGAUUGUCUUCGCAAUUUUUUUCAAUUGAAAACUGUUUGGGAUUAACCAAAAAAAAUACGUGCAAUAAUUUUGUAAAAUCUUUCGUUUGUAAAAACGCAAACGAGUGAAUUUUACGUGAAAUAAAGAAAGAAUAACAGAAAACAAGUGAAAACUAAAAUGUUCAUAUGUUAUAAUUAUC